UUGCUACUCUCUUAGAUCCUCGAACAAAAAAAAUGACACCAUUUACUAAUAGAGAAUGUAAAAAGGCCAGAAUAAAGUUAAAAGAUGAAUUUAAAAAGUUACGAAGGCUUUAUAUCAGUAGUAAUAAUCAAUUAGAACAAGAAAUAUUACAAACAGCUUCUAAAAUUAUGCAAAAUCUAUUUUUUGAAGAUAUUUUUGAAAUACAAGACCAAGAAGAUAUAGUGCUCUUAGAUGAAGUUAUACAAUACUUAGAUCUUGCUUUUAUUAAUUAUAAUGCCAAUUCUUAG